AUGUUAUCUUUCACGCAAUCUGAACUCUUUAAUAAGAGCUCUCAUGUUUUUCGAUGGUUUUACUUCAUUCCCAAUAUCAUCCACGGUACGACUCAGUUUUCUGCGGAACUGUAAGCUUGCAUUUGUGUUCGAAAUAGCUGACGGCUCUUCAGGAGCACUCGGGAAGCACGCAAUUCGAACACGACGAGAAGGUCAACUGGAAAUUUGCGACUAUCGGCAAUGGACAUUCAAGAUAUCAUCGGAAUCGUCUUGACUUUGGUCACCGGGAGCCUGUCGCUGUUCCUGAUGCUCGUAUGCGGAGGAGUGAGUGAACGGAUGGAAAGGCAGCAGGGAAUCGAGAACUUUCUUUCAGAAAAAGAACAAACCUGUCGAUGACGACUCUAAUAGCAGCAAGAGGCAAGGAACGGAACGAGAUGGAGACGCAACGGAGAGAACUGAGAGAAAGGAGAAUGGAGCGAAGCCCGCUCCUGCGGUGGCUGGGACUAACGAUCCGAACUAUCAGACCAUGGCCGGCAUUGAGAAUAAUUUCGGGGCGGACAAAGCGGCUGGAGCUCCUGCUGCUGCCGCUCCUGCUCCUGCUGCUGCCGCUCCUGCUCCAGCGGCUGGAGGAAAACCUACUAUGGCUGGUGAGAAAAUGAAUCCGAUUCUCGGUUGCGAAUGAAAUCAAUCAGGUACCCAUGAUCCGAACUACCAAACACUGGCCGGACUUGGAAACGAUUGCUUCGACAAAAAAGAUGGCGGUGGCGGAGGAGCUGCUGCUGCUGCUGCUGCGCCGGCAGCCGGAAAACCCGGAAUGGCAGCGACUCACGAUCCGAACUAUCAGACAUUGGCUGGACUGAACAAUAAUGUGUUCGAGAAGAAGGAAGGUGCGGCUCCUGCUGCCGCCGGUGCUGCAGGCGGACCAGCCGUGCCGAAAGACCAGAAUGCGAAGGCGGCCACUCACGAUCCGAAUUAUCAGACUCUGGCAGGACUCAAUAACAAUGUGUUCGAGAAGAAGGAAGGAGGAGGCGCCGCUCCAGCUGCUGCAGCUCCGGCCGCCGACGGGAAGAAGCCAGUGCAACCAGCUAACAAGGGACAGAAAGCGGCCACGAUGGAUCCGAACUAUCAGACUCUGGCGGCGGUCGGGGGAGAUGUGUUCGGAGCGGAUAAGAAGGCGGGAGGAGGAGAUGCCAAGAAGCCCAGUCAGCCAGCCAACAAAGUGAGUUGACCUGCAUUCCGAAUAUUGAAAGAAUAGCUAAUUUCAGAAUCAGAAGGCGGCGACGAUGGAUCCGAAUUAUCAGACAUUGGCUGCAGUCGGAGGAGACGUUUUCGGUGCCGAUAAGAAGAAAAAAUAG